ACCGAGGACGGGCGGAAUGGGCGUGUGGACUGUGAAGUGUGAAGUGUGAGGUGCCAGGUUUUUUUUUACCCCUCUACUAUCCUUAGCUACCCUUAGCUACCCUCACCCUCACCUUUACUUUACUUUACCCCUCCACAGCUACGUCCACACGACUACCGGCACACCUUCCUCUUCAAUACGCGGCUGCACCAAAAAUGCGCCUAGAUGCAUACAAUUAUGCUCUCUUUACUGGGCACACACCCUGCACCUUCCUUGAGCAUUCAAUCACAUCACACCUUUCAUUGCAGUACUGUGCUGCUGCCUUCACAGCCACCUCCAUCACAGCCAUCACAGCCAUCACCACCACCUCAAUCAUCCACACCACCACCCACCACCACCCACCACAACCUCCAUCAGCCACCAGCCACUAUCCAACUCCCCACCACCAUCAUCCAUCAAUCAUCUCCCAUCACCUUCAUUAAUCACUCUUUACUACUAUCACCAACAAACUAACUCAACUCCAACUCCCAGUAAGCCUUGCCACUGCUUGUACUCCUCACUAGUGGGGUGGCUCUUAGUGGGGUUAAGUUAGCUCCAUUACUCCAUUAGUGGGAAUGCCUCAUCAUUCAUUCACAGCUUCAUCCCACUUUCAUCCCACCUCUCUCCCAUUCAUACUCCACUCCCUCACAUCUCCCUCCUCCCCUCCCAUCCCAUCCCCAUCAUAGGUUCCCAUCCCACCUCCUCCUUCCCCCUUCAGCUUCCAUCACACUCCCAUCACCGCGCAUCGCAUCACUAGCCGCCCAUCUUCCUUUUCUUUUUCCCUUGGGGCCCGGGACCUGACCGAACCUUCUCAUAGCCUCACAGCAUCACCCCACCCUAUUACACUCCAUAACUCCUCCUGCCCAUCCCAUCCCAUCGCAUCACAUCUCCCGCCUUGCAUGUGCCGCCUCCCAUCCCACCCACCUAUCCCUAACCCACUCCCCCCCUGCAGAACCCUAAUGGAGUCCCAGUCCCCAAGGUGACCGGCGACGAACCGAUCGAUCACUGAUCAUCGGUGAUGAUUCAUCCCGGACGACCCUCAAACAAACCCUCACCCUCACCCUCACACCCAAACUAUCCCUCCCCCAUCCACACUCUCUACAGUCAGAAAACAAACAAACCGGUGUUCCACGCGAAGCGCAAAUAACAGAAAAAAAGCUGUCUCACACACAGCCCACCGCGCCCAGACAAAUCUCACUUACAGCCCCCAUUACAUUGCAUCCCCAAACCCCUCCAUCCUAUCCAUUCAUUUUAUCACAUAUUACAAAAACCGCCGAUGCAUGUUUCUGUCUCACGUUACACCCUUCCCUCUUUGACCUCGCAUCAAUCCAUACCUAACACCCGCUGCUGAGACACCUAACCGCCACACCCACCAAAAGCCCCAAUAAUGCCCGCCCUCUCCAUCCUCAACCCCGACCCGCCUCUCCUCCCCGGGCCGGGCCUGCUACACGAUCUUGUGAGCUGGGACGACGCUGGUGAUGCACCCGCCCUCGACUUCCUCGGUCCCGAAGGGUCGGAUGAGCGGUACAGCUACACCUACUCCGAGCUGCAACGCUGCGUAGCUAGCCUAGCUGCAACACUACAUGAGACUCUCAGAUCCUCUUCCUCCUCUAGACAACAAGGGGACCCUGACACCGCAGCCAGCAGACCCCAGCUCAUCAUCCCCCUGCUAAUCCCGCAGUCCCCAGCGCUCUACAUCGCGCAGCUAGCCGCGCUGCAGGUCGGCGCGGCGUUCUGCCCGAUCAAUCUCGACGCGCCUAGGGAGCGUAUCAAGUUUAUUGCUGGGGAUGUUAAGGCGGAGGUUAUCAUAUCGACGCGCGAUAAUGGUGUUGCUGUCACGUGGGAGGGGGGCCCGAUUCCUAUUUUGAUAGAUGAGCAUUUCCCAACCCCCCCCGAACUGGUGGACCUUCCCCCUUUUCCGGAGACGACUACGACGGCGUCGUUGGCGUAUGUGAUGUACACUUCCGGCUCGACGGGUCUUCCAAAGGGGGUGGGUGUCAGUCAUCGUGCGGCGACGCAGUCGUUACUCGCGCAUGAGGUUCUCAUACCGACGUUCUCGCGCUUCCUCCAGUUCGCUGCGCCCUCCUUCGACGUCUCGGUGUUUGAGAUCUUCUUCCCCCUCUUUAGGAGGGCCACGCUGAUAGCCUGCCAUCGCGAGAGGCUCCUGAAUGAUCUCCCUGGGACUAUCAAUCUUAUGGAAGUCGACGGAUGCGAGUUAACUCCCACAGUCGUCGGAUCGCUGCUCCUCCGCCGCUCCAACGUGCCGGGGUUGAAGUUGCUACUGACGAUUGGGGAGAUGCUUACGAGGCCUGUUGUGGACGAGUUUGGGGAAGCGGAGGGGAGGGUAGGGAUGUUGUAUGGCAUGUACGGACCCACGGAGGCGGCGAUACAUUGCACGGCAUACACCAACAUGGCUGCCGGCUCCAAAGUCGGUAACAUAGGACGCCCAUUCUCAACCGUCUCCUGCUUCAUCGCUGCCAUCCCCGACCCCGCCGUCCCUUCCAGCGCAGAGACGCUGGAUAUCCUCCCCCUCGGCGAAGUGGGCGAGCUGGUGCUGGGAGGAACGCAGUUGGCGGAUGGGUAUCUGAAUCGUGAGAAAGAAAACAAAGCCGCGUUCGUGACUUACAACAACUCCCCCGCCUACCGUACCGGCGACAAGGGGAGGAUACUAGACGACGGCACGAUAGAAGUCAUGGGCCGCAUCAGCGCUGGCCAAGUCAAAUUACGCGGUCAGCGCGUGGAGCUCGGCGAGAUCGAGGAGGUGGUGUAUAAACACCCGGGCAUCGAACUCGCCUUUGCGAGCGUGCUGGAGGGGAUGUUGAUCAUCUUCGCGCGUGCCGGAAAGGGGGAAGACGUCGUGGUGGAGGAUGUGGUGGAGACCUGCGAGCAAUGGCUUCCCCGCUACAUGGUCCCCAGCGAAAUCGUCAUCAUGGCAGAAUUCCCCUACCUCCCUUCUGGAAAAAUCGACAAGAAGAAGUUGGAAGCUGAGUACCUCCGUACCCGUGCCGACGAAGAUGGUGCGGACGAGGGGGGAGUGGUUAGGGAGACGGAGAAGAUUGUGGGGAGGGCGCUGAUGACGCUGUUGAAAGUCCGCGUUAACCCCACGAAGCGCCUCGCUACUUAUGGUCUCGAUUCCCUGACUGCCAUCCGUCUUGCAUCGCAUCUCCGGAGCGCGAGACUACGGAUAUCAGCCGUGGAGAUCUUGGAGGCGGAGACGGCGAGGGAGAUUGCGAGGGUGUGUGAGGAGCGUCUGAGUCAACCCGAUGCCACCUCCCAGGCCCCCGAGGUGUUCGAUUUCUCCGUCCUUGAAGGGCCGGUGACAGAGGUGCUGGCGGAGAUGGGCGUGACCGAGGCGUUUGACGAGGUGUUGCCGUGUACGCCGCUGCAGGAUGCUAUGUUACUCGAGACGGCUGUUGAUCCGGUUGCGUAUUGUAAUUAUAUUGAGCUGCGCAUCAACGACGUCGACACGCAUCGGGUUGCUGAUGCGUUGAGGGAGUUGGCGAGGCAUAACCCGUUGCUGAGAACGGGGUUCGUGGAGUGUGAAAGCGAGUGGAGCGCUUUUUCGCAGGUUGUGUGGCCUGCCCUGGCAGCGGAUCAGAUUGUUAUUACUGAUGAGUCUGGAGACGAGAGGAUGGACGACGAUAGGGGCGGGUUGGAGAUGUUGAGGCCGAUACGGAUGAGGGUUUGUCCAGUCGAGAGGGGGGUGGUAGUGAGAGCGGAUAUUCAUCAUGCGCUUUAUGAUGGGUGGAGUUUGGAGUUGGUUAUCAGGGAUUUGGAGACUAUACUGUCUUCCUCCUUACCAUCUACCUUCACCUCCGCCUCCUCACCAGACAACAACGACAACGACACCAAACCCAUCAGCACCAUCCUCACACCCCGCCCCCCAUUCCGCGCUAUCGUCGAACACACACUCCGCCUCGCCACGAGAUCAAUGGAGAAGGAGAGGCAGUACUGGAAAGAUCACCUCGCGCACUUCUCACCCGGCUCAUUGCCGUCUUUUCACUCUAACGUUGGUGUGGCGCGGGGGUUGGAUAUCGUCGGCCAUAUGACGGCUAUUUCCACCUCCGCACUGGAGAAAUCCGCUGCCCUUGCGGGAGUUAAUAGCCAGGCGAUGGCGCAGACUGCAUACGCUCUCGUCCUAUCAGCUUACCUCGGAUCGAAAGAUAUAUGUUUCGGCUCCGUCUUCUCAGGCCGCUCAGCGGAUGUAGAAGGGAUCGAAGAGAUUGCAGGGCCGUGUAUUGCGACGUUGCCGGUGAGGAUUAAUAUCGGGAAUGGAACUGUGGGGGGUGUUAUGGCGGAAAUGCAGAGGGUGGGGAGGAGGCAUAUGGAGAAUGAGGGGUUGGGGUUGAGAGAGAUACAAGGGUUGGUGGAGGCGGAAGGGGGGGUGUUUGAUACGUUGGUUAUUUGGCAGCAGAGCCUCGCUGAUGAUUCUGAUGACGUGGUGGUGGGGGGUAAGGGGAAGAGGGUACAGUUGGUAAAAGCGAGGGAUUACCUCGAGUUCGCAUUAACUCUCGAAAUCACCCCUGCCGCUGGGGAGGGGAAGGUAAGGUUCGAUGCUAACUACCAGACUGCGAUCUUUGGACGGGAGAUGAUAGAGGUGUUGUUGAGACAGGUGGAGGGGGUGUUGGGGGCGUUUAUGAGGGAUGGGAUGGAGGCGGGUGUUGAGGGAAUUUUUGGGGGGGUGGAGGGAGAGGGGGUUAUGGCUGUUUUUGAGCGGGGGGUAGGUGGUGAGUUGAGUUUAUUGGCUGCUGCUAAUGGUGAAGACGGUGGGGGAGUUACAGCGGUGGGGGGUAAGUCGAAGGUAAGGGGUAAUAGGAGGGCGAAUGCGAUUGCACGACUGGUUACCGGAAGAGACGACGUCGAGGUAACCCUCCAGCAAUCUAUUGGGGGGAAGGUAAGAGGCUACCUCGGACGUGUCGGGCGGGGGAUUAAGGUCCUCGUCAUCGCACCUCAGUUGGAGGAUGAUGUGGUCCUCCUCCCUCUCGGCGCAGAAGGCGAGCUCUGCAUCUCAGGCGCCUCCUUGGGUGAGGGCGAUAUCGAGAUUGACGGGACGGAGUGGGUGGAUUGUGGUCCUGUGCAUGGGAUGCUCCUACGCACGGAGGAUUUGGUGAGACUCCUUCCUGGUGGUGAAGUUAUCUACCGUGGGAGAAAGGGGGAGGAAGCUUUGGUUAGGGGACAGAGAGUUGAUGUGGGGAUGGUUGAAGGGGUUGUGCUUUCUCACCCCGCUGUUGGGGGUGGGGAGUGUACGACGGUGUUGGUGGGGGAGGGGAGGUUGGUGAGUUUCUUUACCCCUGUUGAUGCGGAUAGUGGGGAGGGGGACUUUAAAAUCCUAGAUGCCCAGCGCGACGUGCUGGAAGGGAUUUACGCCGAUCUAGACGCCGCUGUGCCUUCGUACGCUGUGCCGGUCUCGAUUGUACCCGUUUCUUCCCUCCCUGUCACUGUGGAGGGGGAUAUUGACACGGAGAAGCUCAAAGCUGCAUACGCGACACUCACACCCAACCAGCUGGCGCAAUUCGCCAACCCCUCCGCCUCAACAGCGGAAUACACAUGGACACCUCUUGAAUCCAUUAUCCUCUCUGCCGUGUCUUCAGUGGCUAAAUCCCCAGAAGCGGUGAUAAAACCGAAUACACCAUUUGCAGCGCUGGGGAUUGAUUCGAUAGCUGCGAUUGGGCUGGUGAGGGAACUUAAGGAAGUGGGGGUGAAGACGGAUGUUGGGGGGGUGUUGAGGUUUGGGACUGUGAGGAGGUUGGGAGGGUGGGUUGAGGGGGAGAGGGCUAAGGCCGAGGAGGCGAAGGUGAUAGAAGAUAAAGAACUGGGAGUGGGAGGGCUCCCGACGCCUGAGGAGAUUAUCUUCGAGCCGACACUGGUAGAUGAGGUUCGCAACGCUGUCGCACGGCGCGGAUGGACUGUGGAGAGGGUGUUGCCGUGUACGCCGCUGCAGGAGGCUAUGCUUGCUGCCAGCGAACUGGCUUCUGUCAGCGAACCCUCUACCGCUGAGCACUCGUCAGCUGUCGUUGGUGACCCAUCGACUGGCGACAAGGAGGAGGGGGCGUACGUCAACCGCGUCCUCCUCUCCCUAUCUGUCAGCAUCGAACAGGUUGAAGAAGCGUGGCGCGAGAUGGUGAAGAGACAUGAGAUUCUAAGGACUUGUUUUGUGAGGGCUGGACAUGCGAGGUAUGCGUUUUGUCAGGUUGUCCUUGGAGGGUACGAGCAUGAGAGUAGGGUUGUUGAAGUCGCCGACGCUGCGGGGGUGGAGGGUGUGAUGACCCGCGGAGUGAGCUGGCAAGUCGAGGGGAAGGGAGAGGGAGGGGGAGAGGUCAGGCCGCCGUAUGAGUUGACGUAUACCCGCGUCGCGGGUGGGGACGGCGGGGUGAAGUUGGUCCUAGCGAUGCAUCAUGCGCUUUAUGAUGGGUUUGCGAUGGGUGUUCUUUAUGACGAGAUGGAGACGUAUUUGAGAGGGGGGGAGUUGAGGGAGGCGGUGGGGUUUGCGCCGUUUCUGAGGUAUAUGAGUGGUGUUGAUGCCGGGAAGGCGGAUGGGCACUGGAAGGGGUUGUUGGGUAAUUUCAACCCUGUCGCUUUUACACCACCGUCAGAGGAGGUAGGGGAGAGAGGGGUGAAGACAGAGAGUGUAGAAGAGGUGCAGAGGCAAAACCACGUCUUGACGAUACCGCUAUCCAUGAGCUUAACGGAUAUCGAAGAGAGACUAGCCCACAACGACGCAUCCCUCCUCUCAGUCUGCCAAACAGCCUGGGCCGCCCUCCUCGCCCGCCGCACCUCAAGCACAGAUAUCUGCCUCGGCAGCGUCGUGAGCGGACGCACCGUCCCUGUUGAAGGCUUGAAUCGACUCGUCGCGCCUUCGUUCCGAGCCUUGCAAGAACAGAAUGUCGAGGCGGUACCGUGGCAGAUGACUGGGCUGCGGAGAGUACAAGCCCUCGCUGGGGUGGAGGGGGGUGAGGGGCUGUUUGAUACUCUCAUCCUCGUCCAGACGCCGGAACGGGAGAUGGACGACAAGGUGUGGAGGGUGGAGGAGGAUAGAGGGGGUAUGGACUUUCCGGUUGUGGUGGAGAUUGUACCCCGCCCGGGGAAGGGGAGUGGUGGGGUGUUGGAGGUUACCCUGCAUGUACAUGACCUCCCACUGGGGAGGGAGGAGGUGAGGGCGGUGUUGGAGAAAUUCGAUAGGUUUCUGAGGAUUGCGCUGCUGGAGCCGAGGGAGCAAAUCGUACCGGGUGGGUUGAAGAGUAAGUGGGCUGCUAAGAUGGCGGAGAGACGAGAUGCCAGAUCCCACCGCAGUGAUGCCGCCGCUGCUGCUGCUGACGACGAGGCCGUUGGGAAGGAGUGGACGGAUCUUGAAGUAGUGGUGAGAAGUGUGAUAGCGGCGUUCACGACGGUGCCAGAGGGGGAGAUUGGGAGGGGGGCGAGCAUUUAUAGGUUGGGGCUUGAUAGUAUUAAUGCGGUUCAGGUGGCGACGGUAUUGAGGGGGAGGGGGUAUAAGGUUGUCGCGGGAGAGGUGUUGAUGUAUCCCUCUGUUAGGGAGUUGGCGGCGUGGAUUGGGGGGAAGAGCGCUUUGUCUGCUGGCGCUGUGACGGGUGGUGAGGUGGGGGAGGGGGGGGAGUAUGAUUUCAAAUCCUUCGACGAGCGCCACCGAGCUGCUAUCAUUAAAGAACUUGAGAAGUUCGGGGUGCAGAGGGAGGUUGAGGGUGUAUACCCCUGCACGCCUGUGCAGAACGGGAUGUUAGCACAGACGCUGCAUAGCUCGGGCGUGGAAUAUGUUAACUCUUACACCCUCCAGCUUUCCGCGGAUGUCGAGUUAGAGAAGGUCAAGGAGGCGUGGAAGGUGGUGGCGGAGGCUUGUCCGAUGCUUAGGGCGGGGUUUGUGGGGACGGAUAAGGGGUUUGCUGUUAUUGUUUAUGGAGCUUCUGGCACAACAGUUCCUUGGGUCGAUGAAACUGGUGGGGAGGGGGGGAAUGAUAAGGGGAUGACGGUGGAAGAGCUGGCGAGGAGGCCGUGGUGGUUGGAGGUUCUCAGGAGGGAGGGCGGGGAGGUGUGUGUCAAGUUCACGGCGCAUCAUGCGCUUUAUGAUGCACAGUCUCUUCAUCAGAUUUUUGAGGAUGUACAGGCUGUGUAUUCUCACGGGUUUACACCAAGCUACCCCUCUUUCCUCCCCCUCCUCGGCGCGAUCCUCAACUCCAACUCCCCCGCCGACGAGGAAAGGCGGAAAUCCUUCUGGAUCUCGCAGAAUCUCGCCGUCCACCGCUUUCCGGACUUGACGCCCCUGAAGGUGGAGAGUACGCGGAGUGUUGUGAGUAAGACGAUAUCGCGGAUGGGGUUGAAAGAGAUUGAGGAGAGGUGUAGGGAGAUGGGUGUUAGUGUCCAAGCCGUCGGACAGGCGGUUUGGGCGAGGCUUUUGGGAGCGUAUGUGGGAGAGGGGAGGGUGGCUUUUGGGGUCGUGCUUAGUGGGAGGGGAGUCGCUGGUGGUGAUGGGGAGGGGGGGGAGGUGCCUUUUCCGACUAUUGUUACGGUGCCAGUUUGUUAUGAAGUGGAGGGGGAUGGUGGGAAGGACGGCAAUGGGAAACUGUUGGAGAAUGUGAUGAAGGGCAUUGCGAGGGUGGCGGAGUGGCAGUUCACCCCACUGACGGAUGUGCAGAGGUGGACGGGGAAUACGGGGGGGUUGUUUGAUACGCUUUUUGCUUAUCAGAAAUCCUCCAGUGAUGUCCAGGAGGGGGCAAAGGUAAGUGGCGAGGGAGAUGAGGUGUGGAAAAUCGUGGAAGAGGACGCAGAAGCCGAUUUCGCCGUCUCGAUUGAGAUGUUACCCGAGGGUGGGGAGAUGAUACUCCAGCUUACGGUUAAGGAGAGCGUGGUGCCGAGGGAACAGGCGGAGUUGAUGGUGAGGCAGUUUGAUGCGCUGAUGGUGGAUUUGUUGAACCCCGGGGCCGAUGGGCUUGAUGAGAAGAUCCUGUCUAUCACACCCCCAGAGCACUCGACGCUAUCGGAUUCUGACGAGGGGGAUAUGCUACUCCAUGGUUUCGUGGAGAGGCAGGCUCGCUUGACGCCGAACAAGGUGGCCUUGGAGUUCACCACCAGUCUUGAGGGUGGAGAGGGCAACACGGCGGCUUGGACGUACGAUCAGCUCGAUAAGGAGGCUAAUCGCAUCGCGAACCUCGUGCGGAACCUCGGUGCUGUGCAGGGGCAGUUAAUUGCGAUUUGCUUUGACAAGUGCCCCGAGGCGUCGUUUUCCACCGUGGGUGUUAUGAAGGCGGGGAGUGCGUAUGUAGCGCUUGACCCCGGCGCACCAGCUGAUCGGGUGAAGUUCAUUAUGCAAGAUUCCGGGGCGACGGUGGUGUUGACCGCCGGGAAGCCUGCGGAGAGUUUGAAAGCGACAUUUGAGGGCAGCGAGAUCCAGGUUGUUGAUCUAGGCACCACGGACCUGCUGGGGGGGUGUAGUACGGAACCCCCGAUUCUGGCUCGCCCGAUUGAUAGCCAGGAUUCGUCGUACUGCCUCUACACGUCCGGCACGACCGGGACGCCGAAGGGGUGCGAACUCACGCAUGAAAACGCCGUGCAAGCCAUGUACGCGUUCCAGCACCUCUUCCGCGGCCACUGGACCGAGGAGUCGAAAUGGCUCCAGUUCGCGAGUUUCCACUUCGACGUCUCGGUACUUGAGCAAUUCUGGAGCUGGAGCGUGGGCAUCUGUGUCGCGAGUGCGCCGCGGGAUUUGAUAUUCGAGGAUAUCCCCGGAGCCAUCCGCGCCUUGGGAAUCACGCAUUUAGAUUUAACUCCUAGUCUGGCGAGGUUGCUGCACCCGGAUGAGGUACCGAAAUUGUGUAAGGGGGUCUUCAUCACGGGGGGCGAGCAGUUGAGACAGGAUAUCCUCGAUGUGUGGGGGGAGAAGGCGUGUAUCUAUAAUGGGUAUGGACCGACUGAGGCGACGAUAGGGGUUACGAUGUACCCUCGCGUGCCGAGGAAUGGGAAGCCUGCGAAUAUCGGACCGCAGUUCCUGAAUGUCGGGUCUUUCGUCCUGAAACCGGGGACGAGCGAGCCGGUGCUAAGAGGCGCGGUGGGGGAGCUCUGCGUGAGUGGGAAGUUGGUGGGGAAGGGGUAUUUGAACCGUCCUGAGCUUACCGCUGAGCGCUUCCCCUAUCUUGAGGCUCUGGGAGAGAGGGUGUACAGAACGGGCGAUCUGGUGAGGAUUUGUCAUGAUGGGAGUUUCCUCUUCCUCGGCCGGGCGGACGAUCAGGUGAAGUUACGCGGGCAGAGGCUGGAGCUGACAGAGAUCACGGAGGUGAUUAAGCGCGGGGUGGAGGGGGUGGGGGAGGUGGUUACGUUGGUGUUGAAGCAUAGUGCGCAGCUUAAGGAGCAGCUUGUUGCGUUUUUCGUCCCCGCUGCUUCUGCUGGGGUUGAGGAGCCGAUGGAACUCAUUGGAGCGAUGCGCGAUACUUGCACGAGUCGCUUGCCGGGGUAUAUGGUUCCUACGCAUUUCGUCCCGUUGGAGGCGCUGCCGCUGUCGCCGAAUAAUAAGGCGGAUGGGAAGGCGUUAGCGAGGUUGUAUGAUGAGCUUUCUAUGGAGGAGUUGCAGCGUCUUGGUGCUGCGGGACAGGAGGGUAGGCAGUGGAGUGGGGUGGAGAAGGAGGUGCUGGGUGUGCUGGCGGAGUGUAUGGGGGUGGAGGUUGGAGAGUUGAAGAGUGGAACGAAUAUCUUUGAGUUGGGCUUUGAUUCGAUCUCUGUCAUUGGCCUUGCGCAGCGCUUGCAGCGCGCUGGAUAUACGGGGGCGAAGGCGGCGGUUGUGAUGAGGAAUUCGGGGGUGGAGGCGCUGGUGGGGGUGUUGGUUGUGGAUGGCGCCGGGGAGCAGGGCGCAGGGGGUGGAGAGGUCGUGGCGGCACAGCAGAGGAUUACGGCGUUUGCGCAGAGGAAUUUACUCGGUGCGGCGGAGGAGAUGGGUGUUGAUCCUGAUGAAGUGGAGGGUCUGGCGCCGUGCACUGCGGCGCAGGCGGGGAUGAUCUACAGGUUCCUUGAUAGUGAGGGGCCGCUGUAUUUCAUGAGCUUUGCGUUUGAGCUCUGGGAGGGGGUGGAUGUGGAGAAGUUGCGCGAGGCGUGGUGGAGAGUUGUGAGGGGGUUGGAGGUGUUGAGGAUGGGGUUUGUGUUUACGCCUGAUGGGUGCGCGCAGGUUGUUCUUAAGGAGGGCGAGGUUCCUUGGGGUGUUGAUAGGGGGUUUGUGGGGAUGGAGAAGGGAGAGGCGCUGGUGAGGCCGUGGGGGGUUGGGGUGAGUGAGCAGGAGGGGAAGAGGGUGAUGAAGUUGGAGAUCUUUCAUGGGCUUUAUGAUGGGGCUAGUCUCCCGCUUUUGCUGAGGAAGGUGGAGGAGGAGUAUAAGGGCGUGGAGGGGAUCGAUUACGGACCUUCUUUCAUGAGUUUAUUGCCGCAUGGACCUCUCGCUGCUGUUGAGGGCGCAGAGGCAUUCUGGAAGGGGGCGUUGGAGACGGCGGAGUUUAACCCGUUGCCGCUUCUUGAGAAUGCGCAGGGGGGCGAUGUGAGUGUCUCACGCCGCGUGCAAGACCUGGGACACUUGGAGGCGCUGAGGCAGUCGCUCGGUGUUACGUAUCAGGCUAUCCUGCAGGCAGCGUGGAUCUCAGCGUUCCGUGCUCAAUUCCCUGCUUCCGCCGCGCCGUCGUUCGGGAAUGUCAUUUCCGGGCGCGCUAUCGAUUUCAGCGGUGCGGAGAACGUGGUUGGACCACUUCUUAACACCCUCGUCUUCCAUGUCGACAUCAAGGAGGGGAUGACCUGGAAAGAACUCAUCCAGGCGUGUCACUCCUUCAACGUCGGCGCCAUGCUGUUCCAGCACUCGCCAUUGAAGGAUGUGCAGAGGUGGUGUGGUGAGAGCGGACGGGAGUUGUUUGACACCCUCUUUGUGUUCCAACGCGAGGAGGAGGGGGGUGAGGAGGGGUUGUGGAGAGAGUUGGAGGGGGAGGCGGUGGCGGAUUAUCCGAUGGCGUUUGAGGCUACGUUGAUGGGUGGGGGGGAUGUGAGGAUUGCGCUUGUUGGGCAGGGCAAGUAUGUCAACGAGGAGGUUGCAGGGGGGCUGUUGGAGAGGGUUGAGAGUGAGCUUGCUGCUUUGAAGGAGCCGGAGGGGGAGAUUCCUGGUGUUGAGGGGUCGGUGAGAGGGGGUCGAUUGGUGAAGAGCGGCAACGAAACCCAGGCGCCGGAUACGACAUCAGACAAGGACUUUGAGUGGACACCCACGGCGAGUGUGAUUCGUGCGCAGAUCUCGGAACUUAGUAAGGUCGAGGAGGACAGCAUCGCGGUGAAUACGACGCUCUUCUCGCUGGGGCUGGAUAGUAUCGAUGUCAUCAAGCUCGCCUCACGACUUAAGAAGGCUGGCGUCAAGAUCUCGGUCAGUGCGAUUGUGAAGAGUCAGACCGUUGCGAAGAUGAUGGGGAGUAUACAGCUCGAGCAGGGGCCGGUGGAGGUGAAGACGAGCAUUGAUGAACUUGAGCGCCAGUUGAGCGAGUCGUUGACUAGGGAGGAGGUGGAAGGGGCAACGGCGGUGCUGCCGGCGACGCCGUUGCAGGAGGGGAUGGUGGCUGAGAUGGUCGCGUCGGGGUAUAGGAAGUACUUCAACCAUGAGCUGUAUCGCGUUAAGGGGGGUGUCGAUAUGGAUGGGUUGAAAAAGGCAUGGGAGAUGGUGGUGGCGGAGUUUGAUAUCCUGCGCACUUCGUUUGUGGGGGUGGAGGAUGUGGAGAUUGAUGUUGGCUUUGCGCAGGUUGUGCGUCCUGCUUCUGAUCGUAGUAUCUGGCGCACCGCUGGGUUCGAGGAGGAUGCGGAUCUGGGAGUGCGGACGAAACAGCUUAUUGAGGAGGCGGUUGAGCGGGCAAAGACGGGAAGUCUGCUGCAGCUCGUGGAUAUCACACAUGGAGAGGAGAGAUACUACCUCCUCUCCAUCUCGCACGCGCUGUACGACGGAUGGUCUCUCCAGGCCCUCCACGCCAAUGUGCAGAAAGCUUACAACGGGAAAACACUCACCAAUCCGAGCGUGCGAAUCCCGCUCGAGCAGCUGCUAAAUGCGAAUGGACCCGAAGCCACGAAAUACUGGCGCACUGCGCUGAGCGGUCUGCCUAAGUCGGAGUUCCCGCUGCACAACUCGACAUCAGAAGGCGUUAACCGGUUUGAAUUCGCGUCUUCGAUUCCGUUGGAUGAUGUCAAUGCCUUCUGCCGGAAGAGCAACAUCAGUCUCCAGACGCUGGGACAGACGGCAUGGGCUAUCCUUCUUGCCAGCUGCCUCAAGCGCCUCGAUGUGGCCUUUGGAGUCGUACGGUCGUGCAGAGACACCGAGGAGACAAGUGAACUCAUGUUCCCGUUGAUGAACACUGUCGUUGUCCGCGCGGUCAUCCACGGCGAUUGCAAGGGGAUGCUUCAGUAUAUGCAAGAAAGCAGCAACGCCAUGCGCGCUUACCAGCAUUUCCCGUUGAGAAAGGCGCAGGCCCUUGCUGGGAGACAGGGAGGUGCGCUGUUUGAUACUCUGUUUAUCUAUCAAGGUAAAGCGCAGGAGGCUACUGGCGAGGUGCUAGCGGAGGCGGUGGAGAGUCAGGCAGAGGUGGAGUUUAAGGUCUGUGUGGAGAUGGAGGUUGUUGCCGGGGAACUGGUGUGGAGGAUUGCGUGUAGGGAUGCGGCGAGGACGGAGGGGGAGACGGAAGAGUUGUUGAGGGAUCUUGAUGCGCUGAUGGGGAGGAUCGUGGGGGAUGUGGAGGCGGAGGUCAUUGUUGCUGCUCAGGGGCAGGUGGCGCUGUGUGGGCUAGAGCCGUUUGUGGAUGAGUCGUCUAUGGUGGGGGUGAAAGGUGUUGCGAAGGCGCCGAAGAGUGGAGGGGGUGUGUGGAGUCCGACGGAGCUUGCGAUUCGGGGUGUGUUGUCGCAGGUCUCGAAGACCCCGGAGGGGGAGAUUGGGAGGGGGGAUAGUAUCUUCCAUCUUGGGCUUGACUCGAUUAGUGCCAUCAAGGUGUCGUCGCUGUUGAGGAGGCGGGAUGUCAGGAUUACUGUUGGGGAGAUUAUGAAGAAUAGCAGUAUUCAGGAGAUGGGUGCGUUGUUGGCGGGGAGGGUUGAUACCGAGGCCAAGACGCAGACGAAGGAUGUUGAGGCUGUUAUCACUGCGUCGCUGAAGCAUAUUGACAAGACGGCGCUGUUGGGGGAAGUUGGGGUUGAAGAGGGUGAUAUUGAGGAUAUCAUGCCUGUAUCAGCCGGACAACUAUACAUGCUCGCGCGCUGGGAGCAGACGGGAGGCGCGCAGUUUGAGGCGAACUUCCAGUAUAAACUCGACGGUGCGGUUGAUGCAGGGAGGUUGGAGAAGGCAUGGGAGGCUCUUAUGAAGCGUCAUGCGAUUCUACGGACUGUGUUUGCUUUCGUGGAAGAUGAGGAAGUGAGGGCUGUCCAGGUUGUUCUGAAGGAAAGGAGCAAUCCGGUCAAGUAUGCCUCGUCUUCUAAGACGGCAGUAUCGCUCUUGGAUCCUGUGUUUCUCGUUGUUGAAGAAGUGGGAGGGGAAAAGACGAUCAGUCUCCGCCUCCUUCACGCGCUCUACGAUGGCGUAAGUCUUCAGCUGCUCAUCCGCGACCUGGAGACGCUGUACUUGCACCCCGACUCCGCGCUUCCGCCUCCACUAAGCUUCAAGGAGUUCAUCGCCCGUGACCUCGACGAUGAGUCUCGUAAGAAGCAGAAGACGUUCUGGGAAUCCUAUCUCCCGCGCAUUGAACUCGCAAGCAUGCCAGAGAGCCCAGAUCUUACACGCAGGGUGGAGAUCUUCAAACCUAGUGUUCCUAUUGGGGAUAUCACGUCUGCGGCGAGGAAAGCGGGGGUUACUGUCGAUGCCUUGCUUUUAGCUGCGUUUUCUAAAGCCUAUGAGGUUACGAAACAAUCUAGUAGCGAAGAGACGGUCAUCGGGCUGUAUCUUGCCAAUCGGUCUGCUACGACUGAUUUAUCAGAGUUGGUGGCACCGACGCUUAAUCUGGUGCCUUUGCGGAUCCAAUGUUCGAGCGAUGGGCUUGAGGAUGUUGCUUCAGGGGUGCAGAGAGACCUCCUGAAGUUGAGCGAGGUGGCGAAUGUAGGCGCGAGUUUGGCGGAUGUGUAUAGCUGGACGGGAAGGAGUGUGGAGGUGUUUGUUAAUGUGCUUAAGACCACCACCCCGUCCUCCUCCGAUGACGAGGGUGGGGACGAGAAAACAAGCAACCUCUUCGCCGAGAGUCUAAGUGAAGUGGAUAUGCUCCGACCCAGGGCUGAAGUCAUCGACGUCGUCCCUAACACGGCCCUACUCACUGCGUUUGAGAAGAGAGAAGAGUUGAGAGGAGCGUAUUCGGCGUCGGUGGAUAUUGAGCUUCGUCUUGUGGAUGGCGGGAGAGGGAUAGAUGUUGGGCUUUUUGCGCCGGGGGGGCUGCUUGGGUUGGAAGACGGGGAGAGGCUUGUUGACGUUUUGGGGGAGGUUUUGAGGGGGUUGUAGAGAGGAUAGUGAGAUGAGGGUCUUGGGGUGUCUGAAUGACGGAUAGAGAGAGUUGGGGAACUCUGGGUUGGAGAGAUAACGUCGGCUGGCUGAUAUGGUUUCUCUUGCCAUUUAUUGGUUAUUUCUUGUUCAUUUUUGGGGGAGUUAUUAGACUCGCUGUUUAUGCAUGGUAUUUCUGUACAUGAGGGUUGAUUUUGGAAACGUUAUGUUACAUAUUUUGGUUUACGGUCUAUAGAUUAGAAUUUCAAG